AUGGCUGAGAAGUUGUUAGUAAGGGCAUUGAAUGGUGGUAAAAGCACUAGGAUCAUUACCUUGCAAGGGAAGAAGAUGAAAAAGAUGCCCUCAGCAUUGGAGAAACUCACUCACCUGAGGACUCUAGACCUUCAGAAUAACCUAAUUCCGAGAGUAUGCCCAGAGAUAAGUGCCUUGAAUCAGUUGACAACGCUAAAUCUGGGAAACAACCUUUUAACAGAAGUUCCAAAAGAAAUGAAAUACCUUAUAUCCCUGAAAAAGCUCCAUUUAUUUGGAAAUAAGAUUCAUAAUUUUCAGGCUGAAGCAUGUGAUGGUUUACAAAAUUUGAUCCUGCUUAAUCUGAACAACAAUGAGCUUGCAGAUAUUCCUAAAGAAGUCAUAAGGUUAAAGAGCCUUAGAUGUUUGAGUAUAAAUCAUAACCAGCUAGCCAACAUUCCUAGAGAACUUUGUUUCCUUAAGAAUCUUUCUGAAGUUCAGCUUAACUACAAUCAUAUUGUCUGCCUACCUAAAGAGAUUAAGUUAAUGAAGAAGCUUGAGAGACUUCAUCUGGCCAGAAACAAUAUUGAAGUUUUACCAGAGGAAAUUUGUGAUCUUAAAAACCUAAGAUUCCUAGACAUAGCUGGAAAUAUUAUUCAGAUAUUUCCACCAAGAUUUCAGGAUCUGAAGUUGAAGGAGUUCUACUGUGAGAGAAACCCAUUGUUCUUGAAGGAACCAGUUAAUGCUGUGAAACAGGAUGCUGUCUGGAGUCUACAGGAGAUAACAUCACGAUAUGUAAUGAAACAGCUAGCAAGAAACAAUCCUAUCCUAAAAGAAGCCAUAAAGUGGCACCCACAGGUCAGAAACAUACUCUCUAAGGCAAGAAAAUGUGCAAUCUGUGGAGAUUCGUUUUUGACCAUAUGGCUGGAAUGUGUUGAGUUUGUUCCUCCACAGAAGACUUGGAAGAUAAGCAAAAAUCUACGGCUGUUGCCUCUUCAAGUAUUCAUUUGUUCUUACAAAUGUUUUAGUCAACGUGGCUUCAACCUCUUUGGAAUUGCUCAACUGUAG